UCCCGACGUUCACCAAAAAGAGCCGUUCAAAAUGAGUCGUUCGUUACCCACCACUACAACAAAGCAAGAUGGCUGAAGUUGUGGAGCUCCAUAAACUAAAGCUUGCUGAACUGAAGCAAGAGUGUGAAACCAGGGGUCUGGAUGUGAAGGGCAACAAAGUGGAACUGAUCACACGACUACAGGCUUAUCUGGAGGAACAUGAGGAUGACAUGGGCCUAAAUGAAGAUGACGUUCUGGGAGAAGAGCCAGAGGACCUCACGAAAGAGGAUGCUGUCACUGAGGUUAAUGACAAGAAACCCGUAACAGUGUCUGAGGAGACGGCUGAAAAGAAAGUGGUAAAGAUCACACCCCCGGCGUCUGUGGAUGAGAGGGUACAGAAAAGAGCAGAACGCUUCAAUGUCCCUGCGUCAGCUGAUGGCAAGAAGGCCAUACGUGCUGCCCGGUUUGGUUUGCCCGCUGCUGCACCGCCAACUUCCACCCCAGGUGUUACUGUGAAUAAAUCCACUCUGGUCAGCGUUGAACAGCUAAAAAAGCGAGCAGAGCGAUUUGGCGGGAACGUUUCUUCAGUUUCCAAGAAGGUUGAGGAAGAUGAAAAGCUGAAGAAGCGGAAAGAAAGAUUUGGGAUCCUCGCUGCUGUCAUACCUGAUGUCGAGGCAAAGAAACGGAGGCGUUCUGAACGAUUUGGAAAUGUGACCGUGUAAAUUGUGGUAUUUACAAUGAUGUUUUAUGCUUUUUUAUUUUGUUGCAAACAGAACUGAAAAUGUACUGUGUAUAUAUAGCUUGUUGUCAAUUAUCAGUUGCAUUACUCUUUGUCAUUAAAGUCAUUUUCAAUUA